ACUCAGACCAUAUGACAUCAACUAACCACGUUACUACUUCUCAAAGAAAGCAAAUAUAUGGAGUGUAUGAUGCACGGGGGCUGGCGCUCAGACUCCUUCCUGCCUUAGCAGCUACCCCCAUCAGCCAGAGCUGACGCGAGUCUUGGUGCACAUCAUACACCCAGCCCGAGUGGAUCUGCAUCAAACACUGUGAUUUACCCGCUUUGAACUCGAAUGGUAGGACGCCGCUGAUUACGGAUCUAGUCAAGAACAUUAACUGCAGAUUUUGUUUAUUUUUUAACAACAGCUUCACCUUCAAAGAUCUUCUUUUUGUUCCUUGGUGUGUUGGAUUUUCUGAGCACAGUGCAUAAAGGAAAACCCUAGGAAGGAUUGUACACUCAGAAGGGAACUCAACCAAUUCUCCUCCAUGUGCUGCGUCCAGGGACAAUGGGGAAACAGAACAGCAAACUUGCCCCUGAGGUCAUGGAAGAUCUGGUGAAGAACACAGAAUUUAAUGAACACGAACUCAAACAAUGGUACAAAGGAUUCCUUAAAGACUGUCCUAGUGGCAGGCUGAACCUGGAUGAAUUCCAGCAACUGUAUGUAAAGUUUUUCCCAUAUGGAGAUGCAUCCAAGUUUGCUCAGCAUGCCUUCAGAACCUUUGAUAAAAACGGUGAUGGGACAAUCGACUUCAGAGAGUUUAUUUGCGCCCUCUCUAUCACUUCAAGAGGCAGCUUUGAACAGAAGCUAAAUUGGGCUUUCAACAUGUAUGACUUAGAUGGUGAUGGUAAAAUUACAAGAGUCGAAAUGUUGGAGAUCAUAGAGGCUAUAUAUAAAAUGGUGGGAACUGUCAUAAUGAUGAAAAUGAAUGAAGACGGUUUGACGCCAGAACAACGUGUUGACAAGAUUUUCAGUAAGAUGGAUAAGAACAAUGAUGACCAGAUUACAUUGGAUGAAUUCAAAGAAGCAGCAAAGAGUGAUCCUUCAAUUGUGUUACUCCUGCAAUGUGACAUUCAGAAAUGAGCCGUCAGUAAUGCAUAUAAUGGACUGCACAAAAUUCAGAUGUUUCAUUCAGUUUGCAGCUACAUCCACACACACAGACACACAAAAAACACACACACACACAAAAACAAAGUGCUUGGACUAUCUUUAAAUGGACUUGCUUCUUGUGUUGAAACACUUGUGUGCAUGAGAAUGUCAUAUGCAAAAAAAGGUUUAAAUUAAUAUGAAAACUGCCAAAAGUGAAGUGUGCGCAAUUUCAUUACCAUCUUAAAUUCAUUCUUUGGAGGCCUGUUUAUCAGUAUCGUGUUGCAUUAAAA